CAUGACCAGUCAGAGAGCCGCCUUCUAUGGAUUAAAGGAGAUCCUGGCAAGGGCAAGACCAUGUUGCUCUGCGGCAUCAUUAAAGAGCUUGAGAGAGCCAUUGUUGAAGACGGGCAUUGUCGUAAUUUAGCCUAUUUCUUCUGCCAGGCUACCGACUCGCGCAUCAAUAACGCUAUUGCCGUGUUACGUGGCUUGAUCUACCUUCUUGGUCGCCAGCAACCACAUCUCUUCUCCUACAUACGCAAAUUUACGGACGCGGGUACAUCGCUCUCUGACGCAAAUACGGGGUUCGCCCUCUCGGAUAUUUUGGAGGGGAUGCUAGGAGAUGCGAACUUGAAGCUAACCUACCUGGUCAUCGACGCUCUGGACGAAUGCAUGGGUCGAGUCGUUGUUGGUUAG